AAAAGUCAGCCAGUGCCCGGCCUGAAGCUUCAGAGGAGCAUCAUCUGCAGGAAAAGAUGAAGCCUAAAUCUGUCCUGGAUGUGCAUCUGCCACAGAUUGGCCUUUUUGUUGGUCUUGAGACCCUAAAUGAAGGCUGGGGGGGCAGCGGUGUUGGGUAUCAGAGACAAAUCGACACAACAGCUCCAGUGCAGAGCUGUGGACGAGGAGAGAGUGAGGAGGACCUGCCUAAAGGGAAGCAGUCAAAGGAAGUGCACUUUGCCUUCUUACCCAAAAACUAUGUGCCUUUGGAAGAGAACGAGAGUAAACAGAGAGCGAAGGAAGAGAAGAAGGCCAAGAAGAAGGAGAAGUACAAGAAAUACAAAAAGAAUGUGGGGAAAGCUCUGCGCUACAGCUGGAAGUGUCUGAUGUUUGGGCUCCAGAGCUUCACUGUGGGCUACUCCACCCCUGUCACCGCGGCCGCCGCAUUCGUCCCAGAGUUCAGAACAGGACGCGCCAAGAGCUGAGGAGAUCAGAGCUCUAUUCUCUUACAGUCCCCACGGGCUGACCUGCUGUGAACGUCUCUGAUGGAGAACAUCAGAUUCCUGUGUUUCAGACUGUGCCUUUACAGCCCUGGACUGGGUGGCACGUGUUCCUGCUCUGGAGAGCCUGGCUCAUGUUCUCACACUGUUAUCUGUACAUAUUGAUAAUGCUAAUGUGUCCUGUGAUGAAGAGGAAAGCCUACAUUAGUAUGACUUUCUGUUAUUAUAUCAUUAAUAGAAAAUGUAUCUUCCAAAUCUGAGACUGUUCUUGCAAUGCUUAGUGUCAGCCAACACUAAUACCAUUACCAAUCUGAUGCAAUCUUUGUGUUUGUGUCAACAAUUCAGCCCCAAUUCAUUUUAUAUAGGAUAAGGAGUAUUAUAAUACAUUUUUUUUUUAUUUUGGUAUAACGCUUAAACACUUGGGUUUUCCUCCCACUAUUAUUUUAUAAAGGGCUCUGUGUCAGUAUACAGUAUUAUGGUAUGUUUUCAUGCCCCACGGUAAAAUAGAUUCACACUGCACACUCUAUCUAAAAUUGUUAUUUACCCUCUGAGAACUCUCCUCAGUGCUGCAAAUAAGCAGACAAUAAUAAGCAUUAAUGGCACAUUGAGGACAACAGAUUAAAAAUGGUUAAAUUAAAGACUGAUAUACCUGAAUCAGUCCGGAUCCCGAGUCCCUGCAUCAGACUGGGACAUCAUUAAUAAUAGGGCUGCAAUGAUUAGUUGAUAUAAUCGACAAUGUCGAUUAUUUAAAUGUAUCGACUACAAAUUUCAUUGUCGACUAAUUGUUCAUUUGUAAUUGUUACUUUGUAAUUUGUACUGCAUUACACAAAGUGACGGGCACAGAAGUGCAAUGGGAGAUGGGUAAUUUGCUCACUCUAAAAGUGCUCAAACACUACAGAUUCCAUUUUAACCACUAAAUAACAGUACCUUCAUCUUUUUAAUAACAUCUAGACCUUUUAAAUCUGAUAUUCAGCUGUUUCUUUCAUUUUAUCAUUCUAUAGUAGAGAUGGAGAACAUGGCAGAAAUAAUCGUUAAUUAAUCGACUAAUCAUGAAAAAUAAUCAUUAGAUUAGUCGACUACAAAAUAAUCAUUAGUUGCAUCCCUAAUUAAUAAUAGUUGUAUAUCAUAAGCUAAGGUUCUUUUGUGUAGACUAUCAUGAGAUUUCUAUUUUUUCCUAUUGAUCAUGUUAGGAUUUUUUUUUAUGUAUGAAUGAUCAUGUACAUUGAACCAGAUCUUCAUUCAAGAUUUGAUGUGUAUUGUGAUUAUUAUAGCUUUAACUAAGCUGUCUUGUUGUUCAGAGGAGAGACUGGCAGGGCUGUGUGAGGUGAAGGAUGGUGUGGUGUAUGUGCGUCUGUCGGUGGUGCAGAUUUAGGCUGUAGCCUGCGUUUGUAGGUAGGCUAAUCUGUUUGGACGGCUUUAGAGACAGGAAGGGUUUAUGGAGGAAGAGGAGACAGGAGAAAACAGGAUGUGGAGGUGCAUGAGAAAAAAAUCUGAGAUCAAAGUCUGAGCCUGAAAGCUAGUAAGAUCAUUCAACGUUCAAUGGUUAAAAGCAAUACUGCAUAUAUCACCUGUAGCAUAUCACUAUAUGGACAGAAAUAAUGGUACAUGUACUCAUUUGCUGUUAAUUAUGAAUUUAAUAAAUUAAAGAGAGUUUGUCCUGCUUUUGUUGGAGUAAAUGUAUCUGCUGUCCAGGGAAGACUUCUGUUAAAUUUUACAUUUUUGAGCAAGGCAGUGAGGAUUUGAUUGCAUUAACCAACAAGAGCCUGAGUGAGGUCAUCUUACAAACUUGUUAAAGUAGCUGCAGCUUAUAACAGAGACCAAAUGGGAAGAAUCUGUCCUAUUAAUUCUAUUAUAGGCGUGUUUAAGGUUGAAUUUCAUUAACAUUUGUUCAGUGCUAAAAGAAUGUAUAAAGUGGAAGUGCAGCAGAGACAGAUUAAAGCAGAUUAUUUGCAUGUUUUUUUAAAGUGAUGGAAUGAAUUUCACUGUAGAUAGCGUAAUGGUUUGUAAAGGGUUGUUUAAUAAUAUCUUGUAAGAGUUUUAAUAUCAUGCAGCAAGGCAAUUCUAGUUAAAGAAAUAGACCUAAUCGAUGUAUUGAAGUGCAUUACAUUUAAGAAACUAUGGCCUGCACCAGGCCUGCCUAAAGUGUGGCCCUGCAUGAGAAUGUCUGAUUUGGCCCACUAGAAAAUUACCCUAAUUCAACCCGCCACCCCCAACCCAGGAACAGAACAUCUAUAUUUUUUCAUUUUGCUUAUAACUGUGUGUAAUAUUGUUAUUUUCUCUUUCUACAUUGUGUUUUGGGUGUUAUAAUAAUAAAAAUAAAGUGUUUCUUUAAUCUUUAAA